AAAAAUUACGAGUUUGAAGGUUAACGAUUAUUGCCUGGUCAACAAUCAGGAUCAACACAAAACCCCCGGAUUAACAUCAACCACACUUUACUCUGCACUGUGGCACUGAACACCCAACAUGAGCAAGAUGGCGGUUGACAAGAAAGACAAGUCGCAGUUGCACAAGGUUGCACUUAAAGGGUCAUCGAAGACAGUCGCAGAAUUCGUAAGUGCAAGCCGCCCUGAUUUCACACGCGCCGAAACUGAGAAAACAGUUCGAAUACUCGAUAAACACGAUACUGUUCCAGAGAGGCGUAUAUCCCGCAGAGGAUUUUACACCGUGAGCGCUUCGAAACGCCUAGCGAAAAACUCUGACUAGGGAUUGCAGGGUCAAGAAAUAUGGACUCAACAUGCUCGUGUCCUCGGACGACCAGGUCAAGGCGUACAUCAAGAAGAUCAUGUCACAACUGAACAAAUGGAUGGUCGGAGGCAAGAUCUCGAAGUUGGUGGUGGUCAUCACAAGCAAAGAGACGGGCGAACACGUCGAGAGGUGGCAAUUCGAUGUACAAAUCUUGGGGAAGUCUUCGAAGCAGCGGUCCUCCAAGAAGGCAGCAGACAAGGAAAACACAGCACCCGAUGAAGCUGCAACAGAGGAGAUCGAACCCGAGAAGACCGAAACACAGAUACAGGAAGAGAUUCAAGCCAUCUUCCGCCAGAUCACAGCGUCUGUCACAUUUUUGCCGGUGCUGGACGGGAACUGCACCUUCAACGUGUUGGUCUACGCUGAUGCAGAUUCCGAUGUCCCUAUUGAAUGGGGAGACAGCGAUGCCAAGGAGAUCAAGAACGCAGAAAAAGUCCAACUACGCAGUUUCAGCACCAGCAACCAUAAGGUAGAUACCAUGGUCAGCUAUCGAUUGGCGGAGUGAAACUGGCAAGGUCUUUGGGGGCAGCGCGGAGUUUCGGGGGUCUCGUUGGAAUUGAUGAUAGGUCUCAGGACAUGACUGUCAACUUGAAGUAGAAGCAACCUCGAUACUGAUGACAUCUGCGUGAUUGUGCGAGUUAUGAUUAAUGAUGAUCAUGAUUGGUUCGGAGGGGUGAGGCUACUCAGCCUUGUAGAGUGGGGUGAAGUUGGAGAAACUUUUUGCGGUCGCCCACCAUGGUUUCUUUG